AUCGAAUUGUUGGACAAAGAUGCAGAAAAUGCAGUUAACCUAUUUUGUUUGUUAAAAAGUGAAAAGUGAAAAUAAACAUUAAAAACACAGUUUAUUACUUUCAUAAUGAUUAUUGCUACCACUUUUCUAACAUGUUGUGUAAAGUUGCUGUUAAUUCCUGCCUACAGAUCUACAGAUUUCGAAGUACACAGAAACUGGCUAGCCAUCACCCAUUCCUUACCCAUCGAUAAAUGGUAUUAUGAAGAAACCUCUGAAUGGACCUUGGAUUACCCGCCCUUCUUCGCAUGGUUCGAAUAUCUGCUAUCUUUUGUAGCCGCCCGUUUCGACAAAGACAUGCUGAAGCUCGACAAUAUCAACUAUGCUUCCGACAAAACUAUCUUAUUCCAAAGACUGUCUGUGAUAUUGAGUGAUUUUGUUUAUGUUUUUGGGGUCCAUAGAAUUUGCCAAGCAUUGCCCAAAGGCUGGAAAAAGGAUGUAGUUCUACCAAUUUUGUUACUAACAAACUGUGGUUUGAUAAUGGUAGACCACAUUCAUUUCCAGUACAAUGGAAUCAUGUAUGGGAUUCUGCUAAUAUCAAUUUCGCUCAUGCUAAGGGACCAAUUCAAAUGGGCAGCGUUCUGGUUUGCCUUUUUGCUCAAUAUGAAGCACAUUUACGUUUAUCUGGCGCCCGCCUACUUCAUCUACUUGCUGAGGCAUUACUGCCUAGGCCAAACCCUAAGCACAAAGAGUCUACUAACGCGCAAACUGUACUUAAAUACCCUCCAACUCGCUGGUAUUGUUUUGGGCGUUUGUGCCGUUAGUUUCCUACCGUUUGCCUCCCAUUUACCUCAAGUCCUAUCCAGGCUGUUUCCUUUUAAAAGGGGCCUUUGCCAUGCGUAUUGGGCCCCAAACUUCUGGGCCUUGUACAACACAGCCGACAAAGUCGCCUCCGUUAUACUGCCUCUGCAAGGCAACCAAACUGCUUCAAUGACCGGGGGUUUGGUGCAAGAAUUCUCCCACUCUGUACUGCCUACAAUUGCGCCUGGGGUUACUAUGGGUCUGACGCUCAUUUUCAGCAUCCCAUGCAUGCUAAAACUGUUUUACAUGGAUAAAAACCCCUUCAAUUUCCUCCGGUGUCUGGUUUUGUCUGGACUGACGUCGUACAUGUUUGGGUGGCAUGUACAUGAGAAGGCUAUUUUAAUGGCCAUCAUACCGUUGAGCAUCAUUUCCAUCGCUGAACCUGCAGAUGCCAGGAUGUUCCUGAUACUGUCCACAGUGGGGCACUACUCGCUAUUCCCCCUUCUGUUCCCAGCCGCUCUGAUUUUUGUAAAAGUGCUGCUAAUGCUUCUCUUCACAUCGUACGCCUUCUACAGUCUUCACAAAAUCCACUUAGCUCGCAUUACGCGGUUUGCUUUACCGCUGUUGAACAUUUGGGAGAGUCUGUAUUUAUACGGCUUGACGUGCGUGUUUUUAUAUGAGAAUCUACUGCAUAAAGCCCUGGGUUUGCAGACAAAGCUGCCGUUUUUGCCUCUGUUGUUAACUUCAACCUAUUGUUCCUUGGGCGUGGUGUACUGUUGGGGCAUGUACUAUUUGGAUUUUUUAAGGCAGGAAGGCGCAAAAACUAAGUCAAUGUGAUAAAAUGUUUUUUAGCAAUAAACGUCGAUUUCUAGUCAACGUA